AUGAAUAUUCUUGCUCGCAUUUGCUCGGGUUAUGCCACAAGUCCACUUCGGAUCUCCCUUGUAUGUCUCCAUGUGCAGCAUACAGAAUACUCCACAAUCCUUAUAGUUCCCUACGUCUUGCCAGGUUGUAUUGUUUUUGCUGGAGUUGUGGUCUUGGAUUUAGAAGCAGCCUUCGCAAGCACUAUUAAGGGUUCAGAGCGAGGAUUUUGUCUGGUUGAACUUGCUGAGUUUGCAAAAGAGUCAGCUUUGCUUGAUGUUGUGGUAUUAAUGGGUUUCAAUUCUGUUUAUCGCAAUUUGCGGGAGGUUUUCCCUCAGAUUGAUAAUCGCUUGCUCAGAGCUGUUGCUAUCGAGCAUUCAAAGGAUGCAGAUGUUGCAGUAGGGGUUGUUCUCACUGAGAUUAUUCCCCGUAUUACUCAGCAAAAGGUGGCUUCUAGUUCCUCAAAUAUCGGUGGUUCAAAUGACAGGAAAGCUAAAUUUCAUCCUACUUCACCAGUUUCAUCAUGCAACUCUAGUAAGAAGGAUUCCGAUAUCAACACAAUUGCCGAUGACAACAUGCAUUUUGGACAAAAAGAUAUUGUCGGACAUUCUAUUAUGGACUCUAAUAUAGCUGUCAGCAAAGCAAGCUCUCCUGUCAAACAAUGUUCAGAUGGCAAUAGUAUGGAGUUGGAUGAUGUGUUUCAGCAUUCACAGAUACCAGCUAAAGAAAGCGUGAUGAAUGCUUCAGAAGGCAACCUUCAUUCAGAUUUAACUGGUAUAAGUUCUAUGGAUGCUGAAACGCUUGUUGCUGUUAAGGAACCGACUGAAUAUAAGGACGAAUCUGCUAUCAAACCCUUAGUUGAUGGCUCUGGUGAAGUUUGCAGGAUUGACAUGCUAGAGGGUUUUACUGAAGAUGCAAAACUUAACAAGGAAACUUUGGUUUCAGCUGUGGUUUUGGUUACUAGCUUGUUGAAAGAAAUUGAAAUUCAAGAGAAAGAGGUCGAAGAUGUCAAAAAACGAGCUGCAAGCCGUUUCUCAGACAUUCUAACGAGGGUAGAAGACCUUAAAGACAUAAUGGAACGUGCACAAGAAGCUAAUGAGAUGCAUGCUGGAGAAAUCUUUGGGGAGAAGGAUAUCUUAGACACUGAAGUGAGGAGACUUCAAUCUCGUUUGCUUAACUUGUCAGAAGAAAAGAAUAAGACUCUUGAUAUUUUAGAUGAGAUGCAUUGUAAACUUGGGGAACGUUUGGCUGAGGCUGAAAAGGUUGUGAAUACAGCCGAGAUUGAAAUGGUAGAAAAAGAGAAAUUGGCUAAAACUGCACUUUCUGAGCAACAACUUAUCCUUAUAAAGGUGAUUGAAGAAUCAAAGAAACUAAACCGAGAAGCGGAGGAGAAUACCAAGUUUCGAGAGUUUCUCAGGGAUAAUGGCCCUGUUGUGGAUAUUUUGAAAGAGGAAGUUAGUACUAUUUGUCAGGAUGUGAAAUUGUUGAAAGGGAAGUUGGAUGAACUGCGGACUUCGUGUGGUGAAUAUGUUGAACCAGUUCAGCUUCUUCGCGAAGAAGUUGAUUUGGUUUGUGUGCCGAAUGAACCAAGAGCCUCUGCCCGUGACUAUUCCAAGGCUAUUGAUGAUGAAUGGGACUUAUGUUGAUAAGCUUGAAUCGGACAUCUUUCGAAUGUGGUCAGUAAAACAAACUCGCGAUUUCUCUUUAUCGUGUAUAUAGUUCACAAUGUAAAGUUAUAGGCGAAACUCGGAAAUAUAGAAGACAUUUUGAGUUUCUAUAAUGAUAAUAAUCUUGCAUGUAUAUUGCACUACUGUUCUCUUGAAUUUGCAUGGUUAUUGAGAAUAUUUUGACAUUUGCUUCUAUGAAUAAAAUAUGUGUGGCUAUUUUUAUGUAAA